UGGAUGAAACUGACUGUAGUGGAUGAUUUUUGGUGAUCAAUUUAUAUACUUUUAUAUCUGCUGUAUCUAUAUGGGGUCUAUUAUAUGGCAUAGAACUGAAGCUUUUCUUUAAGCACGGCAUGCACGGAAAGCUUUUCUGGAAUCCUUGCCUUGACGUGAUUUCGGUAUUGUUGGUCCAUGCGAAAAAUAUUAGAAGCAAGUAUUACAAAGGUUUUUUAACAGGGAAGAAUGAUGCUAGUUAUCAAACUUGUAAGCCUACUGACAAUGAUUAUUCAAAUUCUUGGAAUUCCAAAUCAAGGAGGUUGCGAUGGAACAACAAAAAGUGAAAGAAUCACAGAAACAAAUUCAAAAUAUACGCAUGUUAUGCCAGGUAAUCAGGCAGUUGUCCAGUGGGCAUGGUGUGUUGCAGUGAACAGCACCAUUACAAACAUAUCCAUUUACAAAGUGACCCGUUUUAAGUCUCGAACUACAAAUCAUAUGGUAUUGUCAAUUGACGUAUUAGAGAAAGUAAAUUAUGCCAGAGACAACUCAAAGCAUGAACUGUUCAGCGUAAAGAAAAAGGCACGUUUUCAGGCAAGGGCAAUUUUUGUUAUUAACAACGUGAGCGAGGCGGAUGAUGGUGAAUAUAGUAUAAGGAUUCGAAGGAUUGGAUACCGUGAUCUCCAUAACGAAGUAAAAAUAUUUGUCAAUCCUCGAGAACCCGCUGCGCAAAAACCAGCAACCACAAUUACGAAUAACCCAGAACCAUCUGCGCACACGUUAGCAACGAUAAUUACGAAUACCCCAGCUAUUAAAGGAAGAAAAAGUGAAAGUUUAUCGCCACUUUACAUUGGCUUGAUCGUUGCAGGCGCAAUCAUCGUUUUUUUCGGACUCCUGAUCUGCUACAAAUGCAGGAGAGCACAUUGUCCAUUGCUAACACGGUGGUGGGAAAGAUUCAGGAUUUACAUGGGCUGUUGUUUUUUGUUAUCUUGACCAAGUUUCCCUCCCUAUAAUUUAUAUAAUAGACCACAGGUUCAUCCUUCAUUAUUUUUCCGUCUAGUUCACGCGACUAGAAAUAAUAUACCUUUAUAAAGGUUAUUAUUUUUUGUUAAACCAAUGCCCGAUUAGGAAGGAAAUAAGUUUUCAAAAAAAUAGAUGUGUUAGUACGUAUUUUAAAUACAUGCAAGGCAUGACCCCACUACGAAGGAAAAAACGAAGGGUGUUUUUGUAAUUGUAGUAUAAAAUAUGUAGGUUUUUGAAAUAUAUUUGUGUGUGCUGCUUUUUUUCAACCAAGCAACAUUUAACAGGUAACCUGCUUGCCACGGUGGCUCGGGGCUACCUUUUUGCUCUUAUCACAAAUGACGUCAUAGUGUAUAUCUAUAACUGAACAGGCAAGGAUUUGGAAAAUAUUAACAAAUUGUGAAACGAACAAGCAGUUUGUUUUUGUUUUUCCAACACUAUGAAUAAGAUUUCAGAAGUAAAGUCAAAGGAUACAAAUAUAUGCGUGAAUGAUUUGUAGGAAAAAUAAAAUGAUAUUGAACUGCUAGUAUAAGACACGCGUUCUGAAAAGUAAUGACAUAAACAAGCGAUGACUGAUAAAUUCGGUAAGUUUAUAUAUAGACCAUGGAUUUCAGCGGCAAGGCUUAG